AUGCAUGCAACAACAAUUGCCUGCAAGGAGGGAUUAAGCACAAUUGUAACGCUGAGAUGUGGUGAAAUUGUGGAUGUAACUAACAUGAAUAACAGGUCGACCGAUCUGGCUCAAAUUCAAAUUCCCCCAAAAUGUGCAGUGGGAACUUGUGAUGGAUGUGUCUUCCAUUUUAUGGUCGUAUCGCCACUUGCGUGUCCCGCCUGCAAAAUGGAGGAUUAUAAGCGGAUUGAAGGAGGCUGCUUUGGCGGCACUAUGGAAAUUACACUCUUGCCUCCGAAAUUGGAAUACAAAUAUAUGAAACUUGUGGAAGGCGCGGAAGCAAGAGCCAAGAGCUCAUUCGGCAGUUCCGGAUCGGAUGCUAAUCAGCAGGGCACAGAAUGUGGCAUACCAGAGGACGAGAAGGAGACAGAACUCUAUCCAAAUCAAUUCGUCAGUGCUAUUGCGGGGGGACAAAGUGACAAAAAAUGGAAUACACUCAAUCCGUCUACCAGUGGUGAUAAUGGAACUGGAUUCGGACCUGUUAUAUUCAGAAGUCGAACUGCAGACGAUUCGCACAUUCUAACCCUCGACGAUGGCAACGAGCCAAUAUAA